GGCCUACAACCUAACCAUCCAAAGAUCCACUGGGCCCUGGUCAUAGGAUAGACCGAUAGACCCGAAUGAACCGCUGAACAACCUAGACACCCCAGACCCCGUUGCUGUUUGUGUUUGGAGGCUCUGAUUCUGGGGGCACCCGUGACCACCCAGGGUGUGACUGCUUGGGGUGUCCUGGCAUGAGGGGGUUUUGAUAAAACAAAAGGCCUGGAUGUUCAUGACCGACCCCCUUACAAUGAUCUUCAUGUGUGGUGAAAAAGGACCUUCGCCAGGCCGGGCGAGUUCGCCAGGCCCUCCCAUUCGUCAGACCGUUGUUCGGCGGGUCUGGGACCCGGCCGGCUGACCUGGCCACCACUCGAAGCGUCCACGUGUUCCUGGGAUGUGUCGCCCCAGUUGUUAAUGGUGGACUCCCAAGGAUCCACUGCCCAGACUUCCGGUUCCAGGGGGCCCAGACCCGCGCCAGGACGUUCUGUUGGGCCGGAUCAACAUGAGCGCAGAGAGGUCAAAGGAGGUGGAGCGAGGGCAGCCACGGCCGCUGAAGCAAGCGCUGCCCCGGUCGCUGCCGGGGAACCCCGACUGCCUGGUGCCUCACAGCUGCGGCUGGUUGGCGUGCUUGCAGCCGAAUGGUGUGGUCUCCAUUUGGGAUAUGUCUUGGAAGGAGGGCGCCCUGCCCUGCGAGGUGCCGCCCCAGGCGGGGCACAUCGCGCGCUGCUACUUCUCGAGCCAAGGUUCGUUCCUGGUCACGUGGGAGCACAUGACCGCGCUGCGGCAGGAGGCCAAGGGUGAAGGGCGAGGUCGCGGCAAAGGAUUCGGCCGCGCGGAGAACCUGAGCGUUUGGUCCCUGACGCGGCGGCCGGCGGGGCCUGAGGUCUUUGAGGUGCAGAUUGAGAAGGGCGAGGGCAAGUUGGGCAUCAACGUGGACCUUUUGGAUGGCCGCUCCGGCCUGCUGCUUCGCCGCGUGGACGCCGGACUCCUGCAGCGCCACAACGUCGCGCGUUCCGCGCAGCAUGCCGCGCAGAGCGCGCAUGCCGCGCGCGGCAGUUCGGGGGACGCGGGGAGUGCGGCGCAGCAGAUGGUGUUGCCGGGAGAUCAGGUCAUAGGUGUCAAUGGCGUGACGGGCGCGGCGCAGGACCUGAGCAACGAGAUCGCACGGGCGGCGGUGCUGAAGCUCCAAGUGAAGCGUGGUCCGGGGCAGAUCUUUGCACAUGCGGUGCAGCGGUUCUUCGCGCCGCGCAUGUCGCCGCUGCAGUGGCCGCCCAUCCAGUGGACCCAGGAUGAGCAGAACGCCCUGAGGGCCGUCACGGACGAGGUCCUCCUCCUGGACGGCCGCACGUUGCAGGUGUUGGGCCGGAUCAGCGUGCAGCACAUCUCACAGCUGAACCUUUCGCACAGCCUUCCAUUGGCCGGCGACCCUAAGAGUUGCUGCUUUGGAACCUUUUCCCCCGCGCAGAGCGGCAGCAACAGCCCAGCGAUGAUCCGCUUCUUCAACAGCUGCGCCACCCAGGCGCGACCCUUGGUCACCAAGGGUCUCUUCUCGGCCGCGGCGUGGGUGACGAUGAAGUGGGAACCCCUCGAGGGGCGUGACUUGCUGCUCCUGGUGCACUCGAGCGAGCUCACGGAGGAUGACUUGAACUUCCGGACGCUCCACGGGCACAGCGCGAACGGCCUCUACCUGCUGCGGAGUGGAGAGCGAGAGCCGGUGACGUUGCUGUCGACCAGCGAGGAGGUGCUCUUGGACGUGCAGUGGUGCCACAGCGGGCCCACGCCCAACGGCGACGACGCGGAGCGCCGUUCCCGUCCCAAGCGGAUCCUGAUGCUGCAAGGGCCGCAGCCGGCCUCGGUGGCGUUGGUCUCCUAUGUCACGGGAAAGCCUGUGAGGCGCAUCAACCUGGAUCAGCAGAUGGGCGUUCGCAACAGCAUCAGCUGCGACGCCUUCGGGCGCUCCUUCUGCGUGCACGUGCAGUCGGAGCGCGGCAUGGGCCUGAGCAACGAAGCGGACCGCGCGGACCUCUUCGACUUGCGGCCGCUCCCCGACGAGACGGUGGCGCACCGCGCGGCCCUGGCGGUGGCGCGGCGCGAGCGCGAGCACGUCGGACCUUCCGUGUCCUCGGUGACCUUCUCCCCAGAUGGGCGGAUGUUGUUGGCCAACGUGCAGGUGGAGCUGUACUCGGAGGUGCGCGUGAUUUCGGCCCUGGACGGGCGACAGCUCUUCCAUGUGCGGCUGGAGGGCGUGAUGACUGCCAUGUGGCAGCCUUCUGCCGAGGCCUUUGCUGCGCCAGAGUUCCCGGUGCCCGAAGUGGUUCCAGAGCAAGAGAAGGCCAUCCAGAUCGAGACCAGGGACCGGGAGUGGCUGCACCAGAGGCUCGCCGAGGGAGCCGGGGAGCUCGAGGAGUUGGAGGAAGCGCUCGCCGCGCCGCAGACCCAUCUGCUCUUCGAGUUCACCGGGGCGCAUGGCUCUUGCUUGAUGAGCAGCUCCCUGGAGGAGGUGCUCGCCGCGCCCCGCGACUUUGCCAUGGCCUUCUGCCAGCGCCAGAGGCGGAUUCGAGCGCUGCAGAAGAAGGUCAGGGAGAUUGAGAAGUUGAAGGCGGUCUCGGAGUCGGCGUUGGACGUGCUCCAGAAGGACGGAGCCACGGAGAGCACGGGAGAGAAGGUGGCCACCGAGCCUGACAUCCAUCGGGAGCUGCAAGGCGGGUCGCGGGCGGCGCCCGCUCGGGGGGGCAUCGCCGGGUCUCGCGGACGCGGGGGCGCUCAGGUGGAGGAGGAGGGGAAGCAGCUGGACCUGUUGGAGCGGCCGCCGCGGAUGAUCUUCGACGUGGAGACGGAGGAAGGCACCGAGACGGGUGGACGGACCGGUGACCGGCCUCUUCAGUCCGCCAGCCUGGUGGAAAGUGGUGACCAGGCCCACUUCGUGGGCUUUCAAAAUCUGGAGGCCCACGAGUCCGUGGGAUCCCUCCUCACGGGGGCAGAAGCCUCAUCAUCCCCAACAGGAUCUUUGUGGCCUCUUGUGAGGGGAUCCCUCCUGGAGCCUUCAGCGGAGCAAUAUCACUCAACAACAGCUUUUGACACUUGUUGUGAUCAAGCUUGUAAUUUUUGGUAUGCAACGCGCCACACUUUGGCAACACAGAAGAAGAACGGUGGGCAUUGGAUUUUGGCGCCCGACGCUUCCGUUCGUAGGUUGGCGCGUGGACUUGCCGAGCAAUUGCGGGCCGUUUUCAAGGCAAAAGACAUGCCCAAUCUCCUGGCCGCCCGGCAGAGUGGAGGUUGCGCUGCAGCCGGUCCAGUGCAGGUUGACCCUGAGAGCUGUUGA